GUACCACAACCGCUUGUCACUCCCCUCCUUGUCCUGCUUCUCUCUCUGUCACCUUCUUCGAACACGCAGCAGCAUUACGAUGGCGUCAAACAAUUUGUGGCCGAUGCUCAUCAAAAUCAUAUUUCCGAUACCAGCGAGCUUCUUGCUUUUGAUUUGUUUGCCUCUGUCAACCCAAAGCAGGAUAAUGCGAUGGACGCGCCGUCUCUACGACAAGAUCUUCUCUUUCCAGGUGAUGAGCAUCCCCCUCAUCUACCUCAUCAUGGCGGCCUCCUGCGCCCUCUUCGCCGCCAUGUGCCUCGAGACCUACGGCCUGCGCGUGCGGGAGGUGAACGCGACGCAGUUCGACGAGAAGAUGAACCUGCGGGGCCGCCGCUGGAGGGCCGAGCGCAACUUCUACAUCUCCUUCAUGUUCCUCUCGUGCUCCGUGCUGGCGAACCGGGUGCGGCUCAUGCUUAAGGAGGUGGACUCGCUCACCGAGCAGAUUCGAGAGAUGCGCAAGAGAUGACCAUCGGUGGAGAAAUGACCGGCCGGGGACGGCGUUGCUAGAAGUUUUGGUCAUGUGUUUUUGUUUUCACUACAGGGCGGUGUGUCUUACUAGUGGUGCGUUUCGUAUUUCGUAUUCUAUCUGUUGGUGUGUGUUUUUUUGUGAUGUUGUGAGGUGUGUUUAUUUGUGGUACUGUUUAACGAUGCAGCACUCGAGGGACACAAAGAGAGAGAGACGAUGACGCCAGUCGUGCCCUUAGCUCCCUCGGCACAAGAUGGUACAACUGUCAGUUAACACAAGAAGGCGAGUAGGGUGUUCCAACAACGGGUGGACGUCGACAUGGGGAGGGAUGAUGCCGAGAAGGGUCUAUUACAUAGCGCAAGAGGUGGUCUUGCACACCUAUCGAGUGGUCAUGCUUGUACGUACCGGUGACCCCUCUUCGUAACUUGUGGAGUGAGACCAUUGACUCGAACAAGCAAGGAAGUGCUUUCAUGAACUUCGAUGGAUGUGAUUUCUUUCUUUCGCUGCAUACACGACCAUCGCCCUCUCGUCUAAACGGGAAAGAGAUGGCUCGGUCAACACCAACCCGUCUUAAUCUAGCUGAAAGCGAGUGAGUGUAUGGGGAAGCCUAUCGGCAUGGCUACUACUACUGCGGCGCGCGCUCGACACCUGUUUUCAUCGGUUUUCUUUCGAGCUUUACUAGCACAAGGGGGAUUGAUGGCAGCGAUGGAGUCAAGAUUAUGUGCAGUCUUGUUCCUAUCGGAAGGAACGACGUGCUGCUCCUGUCCCUUUGUAUCGCUCUCUUUUUCUUCGUCGCUCUCGAGCAUGUGCAUGUUCGUCUAGCCAAGGAAAGCGUGAGGUAAUCUUCGGUUGACGCGCGCGGUACGCGUCUUCUUGGCCGCACGAGGAAUGAUACGACCCUUUUGCUCG